AUGAAAUUCUCCAUUUCUUGCUUCCUCGUCAUCAAUUUUCUACUAUUAUCACCCCUGUUUCCACUCCUGCACGCGCUCGACUCCAUAUCCUUCACCACUCUCGGAAGAUCAAGCUACGCCUUCGACAUAUUCGCCCUCCCCGCAGCCGCCCCGCCCCAAGAAAUCCGCCUCACUGAUGGCAACUCCGUCAAUUUCAACGGCCAUUUCCCGCCCCCCGCAUCCCUCUCGGGUCGACCCGACCCGAAUACCCAACUCAUCUACGUCACCGAGCGCAACGGCUCAUCCAAAAUCUACCUCGACGUGCUGCUUCACACGAGAGCUGGAUCGAGAGCCGCCCUUGAGGUCUCGACCGAGUCAACUCGCUCGCAGCUCGUUUUGAUUGGCGACGAGCAGACAAACGGCCGGGUCUCGAUGAAGGACCGCCCGAGUUUAGUGGGUCAUAAUUUGAUCUACAUCUCAACCCACGAGGACCCGGGCAAGCCGCGGUCAAGUUGGACCGCGGUCUACUCCACCGAGCUGACCACCGGGUCGACCCGGCGGCUGACGCCGCAAGGGAUCGCCGAUUACAGCCCCGCCGUUUCUCCGUCGGGGUUGCUGACGGCGGUGGCGUCGUACGGGGAGAAGGGCUGGAGCGGAGACGUUGAGGAGCUCGGCACCGACAUCUACGUGUUCUCGACGCGGGACGGGUCGGGUCGGGUCAGGAUCAUCGAGCACGGCGGUUGGCCGAGUUGGGCCGACGACUCCACUCUUUACUUCCACCGCAGGUGUGAGGAUGGUUGGUGGAGUGUUUUCGUGGCGUCUUUCCACGUCAUCGGCGGAGAGAUCGACGUUGACUCGGUGGUGACCCGGCGGGUCACUCCGCCGGGUCUGCACGCCUUCACUCCUGCGGCUUCUGCUGCCAACAAGAGCUUCAUAGCGGUCGCUACGAGAAGGCCCGGGUCGGAUUAUCGUCACAUAGAAUUGUACGACCUCGUUUCUAACAAGUUUUAUGACUUGACCCGACCCAUCUCACCCAAUACCCAUCAUUUUAACCCGUUUGUAUCCCCCGAUUCCGGUUGGAUCGGGUACCACCGAUGUCGGGGUGAAACCAGCUAUGGGAAUGAAAAUGGCAAUGAUUUAGUAUUAGAGGAUGUUCGGAGCCCAUUACCGGGCGUUUCCUUAUCCCGGGUUGACGGGUCGUUCCCAUCGUACUCCCCGGAUGGCCAACGAGUCGCCUACGUGAAAUUCCCGGGAGUGUACGUGAUGAACAGAGACGGGUCGGGUAUCCGGGAAGUAUCCAACUUAUACGCCUUCGCAACUUCUUGGGAUUGGAAGAGAAAAGUAGUGUAUACCAGUGCUGGACCCGACUUCGCUAGUGAGAGCACCAAGGUUGACAUAGUCUCAAUAAACGUGGAUGAUGAAGAUCUAAGUCAUAAUUACAAAACACUAACCAAGGGAGGUGCAAAUAAUGCAUUCCCUUCCCCCUCGCCUGACGGGAAAUGGGUCGUGUUCAGAUCAGGGCGAAGUGGACACAAGAAUUUAUACAUAAUGGACGCGUUCGAUGGAGAAGAAGGCGGGCUCUAUAGGCUAACCGAGGGGCCUUGGUCCGAUACGAUGGGCAAUUGGUCGCCCGAUGGUGAAUGGAUCGUGUUCGCCUCGGAUCGGGAGGACCCGGGUGCGGGUAGCUUCGAGAUGUUCAAGAUCCAUCCCAACGGUACGGGGCUCCAAAAGGUGAUCCAAAGCGGGUCAGGCGGGCGAACCAACCACCCGUGGUUCAGUCCGGACGGGAAGCAUAUUGUGUUCACCACAGACUAUGCAGGAGUCUCGGCCGAACCCAUUUCAAACCCGCACCAUUACCAGCCCUACGGUGAGAUCUUUGUGAUAAACUCCGAUGGGUCGGGGCUCCAGAGAUUGACCCACAACUCGUACGAGGAUGGCACCCCAACUUGGAGCCCCAAAUACAUUAGCCCUACUACAAACGUGGAGUGGCCUUAUGGUGGAUCCAAGUGUUUGUUUGAGGAUUGCCACUGGCUUAACAUUCCCCCUACCCUCGCAUCUAAGAGGCAAUGUGCUGCUAAGUAAUUUUCAACUAUGUUUUGCUUGUUAGUUGGUGUAAUACAUAUGUGUAUGAUAAAUAAUGCAAUAGCCCUCAAUGUUGUUUUCGCUAGAACUCAAUGUUGUAUAAAAAAGACCCAAUAUCGAAAUAAGAUCAUAACAACAUUGAAAAA